GAUUGUAGUGGGGCUGCCCGGGGGCGGGGCCUGCAGCGCCGCAAAUGGCUGCUCAUCAAGGGAUGACCACCGUCGCUCUGCGGGUUAUGGAAGAAGCCCUGGCAGGGAGUUCGACGGCGGCCGGGAGUUUGACGGGCGGCGGGGGUUUAGCGGCGGCCGGGGGUUUGACGGCAGCCGGGGACGCGGCGGACGCGGCGGCCUCCGAGGGCGCCUACUACCUGGAGCAAGUCACUGUAACUGAAGCAUCUGAAGAGGAUUAUGAAUAUGAAGAGAUACCAGAUGACAAUUUCAGCAUUCCAGAAGGUGAAGAAGAUCUGGCAAAAGCAAUUCAAAUGGUCCAAGAACAAGCUACAGAUACUCAAAUUCUGGAACAGAAAACAGUUCUUCCUUCAAAGCAUGCAGUACCUGAAGUAAUAGAAGAUUUUCUCUGCAAUUUCCUGAUCAAAAUGGGAAUGACCAGAACUCUUGAUAGCUUUCAGUCUGAAUGGUAUGAAUUAAUACAGAAGGGAUUAACUGAACUUAGAGGUGUUGGGACUGUUCCAGAUGUCUACAGCCAGGUUAUGCACUUAGAAAAUGAGAAUAAAAAUUUAAAGAAAGACUUGAAGCACUAUAAACAGGCAGCUGAUAAGGCUAGAGAAGACCUGCUGAAAACUCAGAAAGAACGUGAUUUUCAUCGAAUGCAUCAUAAGCGAAUAGUCCAGGAAAAGAACAAAUUAAUUAAUGACCUCAAAGGGUUGAAGUUACAUUAUGCGUCUUACGAACCAACUAUAAGGGUGUUACAUGAGAAGCACCACACUUUACUGAAGGAGAAAAUGCUGAGCUCCUUGGAAAGAGACAGAGCAAUCGAGCAGAUUAAUGAUCUUCAAGCAACAUAUAGGAAACUAGAAAUAGGACGUAGUUACCAUGUUCCAGAAAUUAAAGUUGCUCACAGUUGUGAAAAAGAAAAUACACCAGAAGGUCCUACUCAGAAAGGUCCUUGUGAAGCCCAGGAACAAAAGAAAAAGAAAACAAGGGCGAAAGAUAAUAUGAAGGAUUCAGAAUUUCCCACAGAUACACAGCCAAGUCCAGAUCUGAAUUUAUUUAAGGAAAAUCUUUAUCCAGCAAAAUUUGAGUAUAAGCUGAAUAACAUUUUCAGACUUCAUGAACUUCCAGUAUGCUGCAUUGUCAUGCACCCCCAGAAGGACAUCUUGGUCUCCUGUGGUGAGGACCGCCUCUGGAAGGUGGUGGGGCUUCCACAAGGCAACGUUCUUCUCACGGGAUUUGGCCACACGGACUGGCUCUCAGACUGCUGUUUCCAUCCCAGUGGCAACAAAUUGGCUACUUCAAGUGGUGACACAACAGUUAAAUUAUGGGACUUCUCCAAAGGCGACUGCAUUUUGACCUUUGAAGGACACAACCAUGCGGUGUGGUCCUGCACGUGGCAUUCCUGUGGCAGUUUUGUGGCUUCUGCCUCACUGGAUACAACAAGCAAAAUCUGGGAUGUUAAUAGUGAAAGAUGCAGAUGUACUUUGUAUGGGCACACAGAUUCUGUGAACAGCAUUGAGUUUUUUCCUUGCUCCAAUACUCUUCUCACGGGUUCUGCUGACAAGACCUUGUCUGUAUGGGAUGCAAGAACGGGUAAAUGUGAACAGUCGCUUUAUGGUCACAUGCAUUCUAUCAAUGAUGCCACCUUUGCUCCUAGGGGUCACAUGAUAGCAUCCUGCGAUGCCUGUGGAGUUAUAAAGCUGUGGGACUUUCGAAAGCUCUUACCAAUCGUGUCCAUUGAUGUAGGUCCAAGUCCUGGCAAUGAGGUGAAUUUUGAUCCAUCAGGUCGAGUUUUAGCUCAGGCGAGUGGCAAUGGAGUUAUCCAUUUGCUGGAUCUUAAAUCUGGGCAGAUUCACAAGCUGAUGGGCCAUGAGAGCGAGGCACAUACGGUUGUGUUUUCUCACGACGGGGAGAGCCUGUUUUCCGGAGGCUCUGACGGCACGGUUCGGAAGUGGUCUUGACUGUCAGCGGACCCCACUGCGGAGCGAUUCCCUCCUGUCUCCCACUCCGUCAAUAACAGGUUAAAUACGCCAGCAAGUGACAUUUACAGUUUGCUUUGGGCAUGGAUUUUAGUGCUUGCACUGUUACUAAUAAAAAAAUAACUUUCUGCUCAUUCAUUUGUACAUGGGUCUUUUUUCUCUGUCGAUUUGAUAAGAAUUUAGAGCCGUGGCAUCUUUGCCACACUAAGGGUGUGGAAGAAACAGCUUUACA